AUGUAUUCCCAACACGGUGCCCCCAUGGCACCGCCACAAAAACCGGAGACUUUUAUGCUCUCGACCGAAGCCCAGCAGAGUCUCCCCCAUGAUGCGCAAGUCGCUCUGCAGCAAGUGGAUAACCUGAAGUACUUUCUCCUGUCAGCCCCCGUCGACUGGCAACCUGAUCAGCUUAUCCGUCGCUUCCUUCUUCCUACGGGCGACUAUGUCUCUUGUGUUCUCUGGAGCAACCUGUUCCACAUCUCGGGUACUGACAUCGUGCGAUGCCUUGCUUUCCGAUUCCAGGCAUUUGGCCGUCCCGUGAAGAACUCGAAGAAAUUUGAGGAAGGCAUUUUCUCCGAUCUGCGCAACCUCAAGGCCGGCACGGAUGCGACCUUGGAAGAGCCCAAGAGCGGGUUCCUGGACUUCUUGUAUAAGAACAACUGCAUCCGCACCCAGAAGAAGCAGAAGGUCUUUUACUGGUACAGCGUUCCGCACGACCGAUUGUUCCUCGAUGCGUUGGAGCGCGACUUGAAGCGCGAGAAGAUGAACCAGGAAGCGACGACCGUCGCCGUUAGCGAGCCGGCCAUGUCCUUCGAAUUUGACUCGUCUCAGUCCCUAUACGAGCAAUUGACCAAGGCUCAACAAGCGAACUCAUCCUCGUUUGCUGCCCACGCAAGUACGACAUAUGGCCAGCCCAACUCUCCCGUGGUACGGACCGUUGACGCAAUGCCUCCUCCCCAGAUGGCUCCCCCAGCUAUUCCGCUACUCCAGGACGACUCGGGUCACCCGACCAUGUACAGCCACCCGCCGAUGCCCCUGUCGAACAACUUGGUUCAGAGCAUUAUUAAGCGUGAGCAAGACUAUGGGCCUAUGCAGUAUGACCGACACGGAAUGCCUGUCGGUCGCCUCCACCAGCGCCAUUCUUCUAUGCCCACCUUCUACGAGUACUCACCCGCUCCGUCUUUCGUCUCCUCUCAAUACGAGGAUUACAGCAACCGCGGUCUCUCCUUCGAGCCCGUCACACCACCCCAGCACUCCAUCGGACUCGGAGCAGAGCCAGCUUACAUUGCGAACGAAGAUACCGGUCUUUACACUGCGAUUCCUGACUUGUCUAGCGCGGGACACGCACCAUAUAACCCCAUGAUGCAGCUCCCUCCGUCUAAUUUUGCCGCUGCCGGUCAUUAUCCUGCCGCUUCUCGAUCGUUCUCUUCCAACUACUCUGUCAUCGAGGGAUCACCGACCUACAAGCAGCGCAGGAGACGACCAUCUGUGACUCCAGGUCCCUCGAAUGGCACUCCGGGUGUCAUGGGCACAUCUCAAUCUUCCUCACAACCUCCCACUUACGCUGCUCACCGGCCCAGCGACCUUCGACGCUCCGUCUCCAGCUCAGUGGCCCCAGUGGCCGAGGCCGAUGAAUCUCACCAUGAUUUGGCGCGCACGUACCCAAGUGCAAUGCUCCCCCAAAAGGAUCUGUUUCGGGAAAUCUCCCGUCACGGAACUCCCUUGCAGCACAUCGAAGACAAUGUUGAUCACCAUCAAGUACCGAUGAGCCAUGCUCCCGAUGAUCUCGCAGCACUCCCUACUAGUGCAGCCAUCGAGACGAGCGUUCAAAACAGUACUAGCAGAUCCGAUCGAUCAGGUCCUGGACCCGCUCGUCGGGCCAGAAGCGCCACGAUGAUGGAAUUGGGCCCUUACCCGCACAAGUCGCAUUCAUGCCCUAUUCCUUCCUGUGGCAGACUUUUCAAGAGGCUAGAGCAUCUCAAAAGGCACGUGAGGACCCAUACCCAAGAACGCCCGUACCCUUGCCCUUACUGCAGCAAGGCCUUUUCGCGUUCCGACAAUCUUGCACAGCACCGUCGUAUCCACGAGGCUCAGCAGGACGGUCAAGCGCCCAUUGCUCCUGACGAAGAUUUAGACGAGUCGAACGACUUCGAGUCCGAUGAGGAAUCGUCCCCCUCCGCCCCCGCACACACCAUGGUCAACAUGCCCAUGACAACCAUGGCUUCUUCCAUGAGCAUGGCAUCGGCCGCGCCAAACAUGGUAGCACCUCAGAUGAUCGCACCCCAACUUCUCCAGCAUAUGUGA